AUGUUGAGGGACAUCUGUGCUCAUGACAGUAUCCGAGGUGACGAAGAUGAUGCAAACAAUGUUGUCGAUGUGUUAUUGUCAUAUAGCCUCGUCGAGUUGCUUUUGAUUCUGCUUGGGGACCUUGAACCUCCGGCAAUAAUCAGGAAAGGAAUCAAACAAUCUGAUAAUCAAGACGGUGCUAAUUGUUCCUCGAAACCAUGCCCUUACAAGGGCUUUAGGAGAGACAUAGUUGCACUUGUUGGCAAUUGUGUGUAUAGAAGAAAUCAUGUACAAGAUGAAAUCAGGAGUAGGAAUGGAAUUCUACUGCUAUUGCAGCAGUGUGUUACCGAUGAAGACAAUCCUUACCUGAGAGAAUGGGGCUUAUGGUGUGUUAGGAAUAUAUUGGAGGGCAAUGAGGAAAAUCAAAAGGUAGUUGCUGAGUUGCAGCUGCAGGGAUCUGCUGAUGUGCCUGAAAUUUCUGCACUUGGUCUUCGAGUCGACAUUGAUCCAAAAACUAGGCGUGCAAAGCUUGUAAAUGUCCCAUGAAAUAACUAGGUUGUAUAAGCAUGUUAUUGUUAAGGUUUUUACCUGGUCUUUAUUUACUCGUACAAUGUCUUUAGUCUUUAUUUGGUUGGAUUUCAGUUUAGG